UGGACGCCUACCAGCGCGACCUCUACCUCUGUGAUCGUCCCUGCGCCGACCUCGACCUCGACCGCGACCUCGGGUGGCUCGGGCGCGGGCCAGUGCAACACGGGCUCAGUGCAGUGCUGUAACAGCGUCGUGUCCGGCGACAGCGCGCACAGCCUCCUCGGGCUGCUGGGAAUCGUGUUGGAGAACGUCGGUGAACUCGUCGGCAUUGGGUGCCAGGGCAUCGUCGGCGGCUCGACGUGCACGAGCGCGCCGGUGUGCUGUGAGAACAACACCUUUGAUGGUCUCAUCAACCUUGGCUGCUCGCCCAUCAUCAUUAACCUUUAA